UACGAAUAUUCUGUUUUAUGUUAGGAUACAAAAUAUUAAUUGUUUAUUUAAUUUUAUAUUUUAGAGGUGCCGGACAAGAGGUUGGUAGAUCAUGUAUUGUUAUGGAAUUCAAAGGCAAAAAAAUUAUGCUUGAUUGUGGAAUUCAUCCAGGCCUUCAAGGUUUAGAUGCAUUGCCAUUUGUGGAUCUCAUUGAAGCGAACGAAAUUGAUUUACUUUUAAUCACUCAUUUUCAUUUGGACCAUAGUGGAGCAUUACCAUGGUUUUUACUCAAGACUAAAUUCAAAGGAAAAUGUUAUAUGACUCAUGCAACUAAAGCCAUAUAUAGAUGGUUACUGUCAGAUUACAUUAAAGUCAGGUAAUUUAUUUUUACAAAGAUAUUUUAGUAUUUUAGAUAUUAAAGGCAUUUAAUUAAUUACUAAGACUGCCACCAUUAACAGAUGGCCAUUAAGCGAAAAAAAAUUAUCAAAAUUUAUCUAUAGGCC